AUGUCACAGAACACAAUUCCGAUCGAAAGUGCUUUUAAUUCCGUAACUUGGGUCUCUAGAAAACGAAAAACGAAAAAAUUCUUCGUAAUGAAACCACUUUACAUUUUCAAAGUGGAAUUGGUAUUUUUAAUGUUUUCAGACUGAAAAAAAUAUAAAAUUCUAAUUUCUAUAGACAGAUUAAACAGUUAAUUUAAUUAUUAUGAUUUUUUAAGUAAUUAAUUACUAUUUGCUGAAAAAAUUAACAUUUUUCAAUGUAGUUGCGAAAAACAAGAAUACUUUUCUCUUUUUCAAUCGGAGUAUUGCCAUAUUUUUUUUUUGGGCAAACCACAUAUUUUUUUUGAAGAAAAAUUCAUGAUGUCAAAUAAAUUUAAGCGGUGGCAACGAAAAUAACUAACAAAGCAAAAUACAGAAACAUAUGUUGAUGUUUCAGUUAAAAAAAGAAAAAGAAGAGGCAUUUAAACUAUUUUAUCAAAAAUGGGUAAACACCGAAAUCCCCAACAUGAAAAAUUAUUUUUGAAUUUAUGGAAAAUAACCAAGACAUUGCCAAGGGCUUUGUAAAAGGGGAUAAAGUGGCAAAAGAGUUGCUAUGGAAAAAUUUAACGGAAAAGUUAAAUUCAUCGGGGCCACCAACUAAAGAUUGCAGCGGUUGGAAGAAAACCUGGGCUGACUGGAAAAUCUAUGUCAAAAAUAAAUUAAGUCAUAAUAAAAGAGAAAAUCUAAAAACUGGUGGUGGCGAAUAUAAUAAAUACGUUUUAUCUGAUAUAGAGGAAUCAGUGAUACGAUUAAGUGGAGUUUUUAGACAAGUUGAAGGCAUUGAUGGCGCCGUAAACUUUGCUGAUAGUGAUGUAACUUUACUUUUGAACGAUGAAAUCGGUCAAGACCAACUAGACUCAAUGCCUUCAACGUCUAAUAAUGCACAAAAAACUCUUGAGAAUAAUAAGAGGCAGCUGAGUGCAGCACAAUCGCCAGACCCGAAACGUAAAAGACCAAGUACACCAAGAACUUCAAGUAAUUCCGCAAAUAAUACAACAAAUUUAAAUACGCUUUUAGUUGAAGAAAAUAACCAUUUAAAAACAAUUGUUAAGUUAAUGGAGGAACAACGACAAGAACUCCAAAGCCAGAAUAAAAAUAUAGAAAAACUUUGCAAUAUCUUUGAAAACUAUUUUAAUGGCAGAGCCUUACAUGAUACGGAAACGCAAAAACUACUAAAAGAAAAGAACGAACUCAAAAUAAAAUUGUUAGAAGUAGAAACUCUGAAGUUUGAAAUCGAACGACGUAGAUCUGAAUUCCAAUAGUUUUAAAACCUUAGCACCAGUCAGUACAAAAUCUUACUUUUAUUUUUUUUAAAUAUGAAUUAAACAACUACUUAUUUGCAUUUAAUGUAUUUAAUAAAUGAAUUUAUUAAUAAAAAGAAAAAUGUUUUAAUUUAACUGGGUAGCAAUAUUUUCCCGUAUUCGUUGCCCAACUCUGAACAUUUCUCUUUCAGAUUGUUCUCCUUCGUGUUGUGAAUCAUUUUCUUCGGACUCGGUCGACGUUAUAACUUCCUCACAAUCAACAUUGUAUCUUCUGCAAAUGUUAUGGAUGGCACAACAAACGUUAAUAAUCUGAGAAGUUUUGAGUGGUGUAUACCGCAUUGUACCCAGUAAACACCUAAAUCGGCUUUUUAAUACCCCAAUGGUACGUUCCACAAUAUUACGGGCCGAUGCAUGUUUUGCAUUAAAUUUGUGCUGUGUGGUUCCAGCGACUACAUUUUUGUAUGGGGUUAUUAAAUAUGGCUCCAAACCAUACCCAGAAUCGCCUAAUAGCCAAUUAUUUUUAUUUCCGUUACAAUAAUUGUUGAAGAAAAAAUUUCUUGCUCUACUCAUAUGCCAAAUGUAAGAAUCAUGGCAAGAACCUGGUCUGCAAGCAUCCACAGCUCUCACUUGCAUUUUAUAAUCACAUAUCUGAAAGUAAAUAUUUUAGCAAAGUAAAAAAAAUAUUAAUAUACAUCUUACAAUCAAGGUGUUAAUGCUAAACGCUCCCUUUCUGUUUAAAUAUAGAGAUGCAUCUUCAGAUGGCUUAAGCAGUUUAACGUGCGUCCCAUCAAUGCAUCCUAUAACUCCCGGGAUUUGAAAUUUUUGAAAAAAGUAAGCUUUUGAAUUUCGAAUUUCUUCCUCCGACAUUUGAAGUUUUAUCCAAAGCGGACAAAUUAUAUUUUCUAUAGCAUUUAUAACUUUCCACAUCAGUGUUGAUACCGUACUUCUUCCUAGACUGAUAUCCAUAUCUUUAGCUGAAAUAAUUCGUACUGUUAAUAAAGCUUAAAAAUCUACAAUACUUAAAUAUGUACUUACCUAUAACGCCCUGAAAUGACCCAGUACCUAAAACUCGUAGUGUAGUUGACAAUUGAAUGAUUGGUGGAAUUUCAGACCCUUUUAGGUGUGGACUAAUUUUAUCCAAAACCAUUACAAAAGCAUCCUUACUGAGGCGAUAAUAACUAAUAAAACUAAACAGAAGCACAUUUAAUAAAAUAA